AAGAGUGCAUUUUAUAAUCUUUAGAAAACAGUUUUUACAAAUUUGAAAAAUGACGGAAUAUACAGACUCCUUGAUUGCAAUUUCAUAAUUUUAUUUAUAAAAUCCCAAAAAUAAGAUUGGGUUGUUAAGUACCAAGUACCAAACACAUAAUACCUAACUCAUAACUUUUGCCAAAAUUAUAUGAAUGAAAUUCAUAUUAUUUUUUUAAAUAAAAAUAAGAUAAUCUGCUACCACAAAUACAAUGCGAAGUGUGAAAAACAUGGAGUGCCUUUUUCACAAAUAUCCCUCCCACGGUCCUACUUAAACUCUUCACACAAACUCUUCCCAACUCAACCCAUCAUGGAAUAUACCCACCCCAAUGACCCGACUCCUCACUUGGCCAUGAUACCCACGCCCGGGAUGGGUCACAUCAUCCCGCUCACUGAGUUCGCCAAGCAGCUCGUUCUCCGCCACCGCUUCACCGUCACGCUCAUCAUCCUCAGUGACGGCUCCCCCAUGACAGCCCAAAAAUCGCUUCUCCGGUCCUUACCCCAAGCCAUCACCUCCCAUUUCCUCCCGCCGGUCAACUUCGACGACCUUCCUCCCGACGUCAAAAUCGAAACGAGAAUAUCACUCAGCUUGACUCGCUCCCUCUCCGGCAUUCGCGACACGGUCAAGUCCCUAAGUCGGGCGACUCGACUUGUGGGCCUCGUCACAGACCUCUUUGGUACGGACGCCUUCGACGUGGCCAAGGAAUUUAGUGUUCUAUCUUACAUUUUCUUCCCUACUACUGCCAUGGUUUUGUCGUUCUUCUUCCACGUGCCCGAGCUCGACGCCACCUGCUCCUGCGAGUUCAGAGACCUUCCCGACUUGAUUCAAUUACCCGGAUGCAUACCGGUUCACGGGAGGGAUUUAAUCGACCCGGUUCAAGAUAGGAAGGACGAGGCCUAUCAGUGGGUUCUUCACCAUGCCAAAAGAUACGCUCGUGCUGAUGGGAUAAUAGUCAACAGCUUUUUAGACCUAGAAUCGGGCACUUUUAAGGCGUUAAAAGAAGAGGCACAAGGCCGACCGCCGAUUUACCCGAUUGGACCGCUUACACAAUCCGGAUCGGCAAUUGAAUCGGGUUUCGGGGACGGGCUUGGAUGUCUGAGGUGGCUGGAUGAACAGCCACAUGGCUCAGUGCUAUUUGUCUCCUUCGGAAGCGGUGGGACCCUGUCUCCGGAGCAGCUCAACGAGCUGGCAAUGGGCUUGGAAAUGAGUAGACAGAGAUUCAUUUGGGUCGUGAGAAACCCACACGAGAAGGCCGCGAACGCCACUUACUUCGGUGCCCAAAACGAGGAGGACCCGUCGGAUUUCUUGCCGGAGGGGUUAUUGGGCAGGACUCGGAAAGUGGGCUUGGUGGUGCCGUCGUGGGCUCCGCAGGUUCGGAUCCUCGCCCACGGAUCGACGGGCGGGUUCUUGAGCCACUGCGGGUGGAACUCGACCCUGGAGAGCAUAGUGCACGGGGUGCCGAUGGUGGCGUGGCCGCUCUACGCGGAGCAGAGGAUGAACGCCGCCAUGCUGCGGGGAUUGGGGGCGGCGGCGAUGGUGGAAGCCGACGAGCAAGGGGUGGUGCGGCGGGGGGAUAUCGCGAAGUGUGUGAGGGGGAUAAUUGAAGGGGAAGAAGGGCGGGUGCUGAGGAAGAAGAUGGGGGAACUCAAGGAUGCUGCCCAAUUGGCUUUGAGCAGAGAUGGAUCCUCCAUAAAGGCACUUGAUGAGGUAGCACGGAUGUGGAAAGAUCAAAUAAUUACGUGAAUGUUAUGAAUGGAUGAGUGAGGAUGUGAUACAUCCAUAUCUUAUCCACCUCUUCCAAUGUGUCUUAUAUUUUGCACUAAGAACUUGUCCCUUAUAUUUGUUCUGUGUGGAUGUGAUACAUCCAUAUCUUAUCCACCUCUUCGAAUGUGUCUUAUAUUUUUUACUAAUUAAUGUUUCUAAACUUGUCCCUUAUAUUUGUUCUAAUUAUAUUUUCAUAUGAGCUUACUCAUAUAUUUGUACUAAUAAAGUCAGUAUUAGCUAA